AUGCGCAGUUCAUCGCUCCGCGCCCUCUCCCUCGCAUCCGUUUGCAUCAUGCUCGACCAGGCCAGCGAAGCAGCAGGGACCGCAUGUGGUGCGGGACGAUCUGGAAAAUUCACCGUCGGGGGACCGGGGGGCCACCUCUUUCUCCAAAGGGCGCUGCAGCUGACUCCUGGCGUCGACGCGAUAUCCAGGGCCGUGAUACGGCGACGAUGCUGGAUGAGCUCACGCCGCCGAUCCAUCGCUGCCGAAGGGUUGACGUGCGAGCCUCUCCACGCCCAGCAUCGACGUCAAGCAGCAACGGCUCUCGUACAGACGCACCCACGCCGCAUCUGCAGAGUCAAUUGGCUCGGCGCAUUUGUCAAGCAGACGCAGGCGGCACCGCUUCGAACAAGACGUCGCCCGUUGAGCCGGCUGCUGCAAGGCAAGAAGAGGACAGGACCACACACCGCUCGACCCCACACUCGCGACGCCGCAUGCGCGCCUGCAGCUGUAAUCUUCAACGGCGGCGAGGGAUGCCGACGGGUGCAGGCCAGCGUGCCAGCUGCGGCCAUGUGCGGACGAGGACGAGUGAAUUGGAAGCAGUGGCACAGCCCUGGAGGACCCUACUGUAGUUCCAUUUGCACGAAAUGCGGGCCGGCCCUCAGGAAACAAUUCGCAACCGUUCCCGGCAGCGCGACCGGGAUGCGCGCGGCGUCUGUGGGAUGGCAUCAGGCAGCUCCAGGCUCCCUGGCGCCCGAGCUGCUGACGGCCUGCUGCGAGCGAAAAGCAAGCUACGGGCGAGCGGGCGGGGCGGAGGCGCCGUGGACGGAUGGUGCAUGGAAAGGAUUCGAGCUGCGAUGCAAUGCCUGGCUGGGCUGGUGUUGGCUGUGUUGGCCGCAGUGCGGCGGGACUGGGCGGCUGUUCCUCGGCGCGGCCGCUCUCCACAGCUAG